CAUCACGUCGUCGUCUCUUCCGCAUUGGGUUUUCUUUGAUCAUUUGCACUGGAUCGAUUAUACUUCAAUCUCGAAACGAAGUGGCGACAUUCUCUUUUAUUAAGCUGCCCCUAGCGCGACACAUUGUAGCAAGAAUAUGCUAGCGAGCAGUGCCAAUAGUCGUCUUCCAGCGGCUGCGGGGACGGCCCGUCAGGUUUAUGCAUGGGGGGGCUUGCUGAAACAGAAACGCACCUCGUCAAAGGCGAUGGGGACAGUAAUGUCGGCAAAAAAACAGCAUCGCCGAGUGAAUGCGGGAGGUGUUGUUCACAAUGAGUUUCGUAGCUGCAGCAACGACAACAAAGGAUUCUAUAACUUGAACAACGGGAUGGCGAUCCGGCGGGAAUCCUUUCGAAUGAUGACGACCAACUCUGGUGACGAAAGUAAGGAGUCCAAGACUCGAAUUGCGACCGUUCGGCUGUAUCGCAUGCUACGGCGCUCGUGUAAAGGCCUUGCUCCAACAGACCAAGGCACCAUUUUGAUUCAAAAUGAAAUACUCGCUUCCGAUUGGGGAAAGCAUAGCUUUCGCGACAACGAUAUCAUGGACAAUGACAGCGGUGACGAAGUAGAUACUUUAGUGACUGAAAACCAGACAAAUGAAUUGAUUAGGCUGUUUUUGCGCUGGAAUGGUAUCGAUCCCGAUGCGGGAUUUUCAAAAGUAAACGAAUGGUACGACGAGCUAAUGAGCGGGGCUCGGUUCCGAGACGCUAAGAACACCGAGGUCGGAGCCUGCUGGACGACCCCUCACCAACUGCGGGAGACCGUUCGCUUCGCCUUCCUCUCGUCUUCGAAACUCUCCACCCAAACCCCGACAGAACUACAGGGAUUGGCGGUUCGUGCCAUCCAGAUGAUGCAGGAGCAAAACACGCUCUGGAAAAAAUCGUCCGUAUCCACGACCCUCGAUGGAUUAGUGCGGGUGACGGCCACCAGUCGGUGUCUCGGAACGGUAUCGCCGGUGUCCUUUGCCGCUCCGUCCUCCCCGCUCGACCCUAAAUACCGAUUUGCCUAUCGCAUCCGAGUGGAGAACAUCUCCCCCGAAACGACGGUUCAAUUGCUUGGACGAUACUGGCACAUAACCGAGGAAGGUGACGGUAGUGACGAGGAGUCCCUCGAACCCAUUGAGGUCGACGCUCCCUACACGGGUGCAGUGGGGCAGCUUCCCGUGCUCCGACCCGGGCAGGCUUUCGAAUACGUCAGUGGAACCGAUCUGGCCACCCCGGUUGGAACAAUGAAGGGACAUUUUUACAUGGCGACGGUUCCGGAGAAAACGAAGUCGGCCAAAUCGGGAGACGACGUGGUGGCCGUAUCGUACCAAGGGUCAAAGGGCUCAUGUGGCACUUCCUCCUCUUCUUCAAAAGAAUCAGGAACUGGUGGCAACGAUACAAGGUUGUUUCAUGCGGCCGUUAAACCCUUUCGGCUCGAAUCUUUUGAAAAGUAACAGAUUAUGGAAAAUCGAGACAAUCCACGGCGAUGUGAGCAUUUUUUCAAUCUUUUCUUUCGGUAACAGAAGUAUCUAUGUUUGUUACAAAUAUUUCUUUUGGCAAGUGCGUAUCAUUGAUGCUUCAAACGAAGGGGUCGGUCGGUGUCAACGAUACGAAAGACUACAUUUUGUUCGCCUACCACUGGUGCUGACAAAUUAAACGGAUGACAUUCCGUGUUGAUAUACCUAAAGCAUUAAGACGAUAAUGAAGAAAAAACUAGUCACGCUUUCUUGCUUCGUCUUUUGAUUUAAAAAAUAUUGGUAUGAUGAGAAUAACGACUAGCUUUUAAA